CGGUCAACGGUUUCCGUUACAAGAUGUAAUGACUACACCCCUGUCACUUCAUGAGCUGGGGGAUAUCCAUGCGACUCCUCACUAUUUCGUAAAUUCGGAAUCUAAUCUGGACAGCGUUGAGGAUAGACUACUCUUCUCACGCUAAGUACCCGUGACACAUUUUGACUUCAGAGCUGGUUCCUGUAAUACUUCAGGACAAUGACGGCCAUCAAUGCUCCACAGGACAAGUAUAAUGCGGUGUGGAUAAUUUUCUUCAUCCUUGGCUUGGGAACCCUCCUGCCAUGGAACUUCUUCAUGACUGCAACCAUGUACUUCACCAGCCGACUGAAGGACCCGGCCAUCGAAGGCUCAGUGAAUCUGACGGUAGUGGAGGCAGACACGAGGAAUGUCCUGGAGUCCAAGUUCAACAAUGUGAUGACCCUGUGUGCCAUGGUGCCCCUGCUCAUCUUCACCUGCCUUAACUCCUUCAUCCACCAGAGGAUCCAUCAGAAUGUCCGUAUCGCCGGCUCCUUGUCUGUGAUCCUGUUGGUGUUCCUGUUGACGGCGGUGCUGGUCAAAGUGGACAUGAGCCCUCUCCCCUUCUUCUGUCUAACCAUGAUCAAAAUUAUCUGCAUCAAUUCGUUUGGGGCAGUGCUGCAGGGCAGUUUGUUUGGUCUGGCUGGGAUGCUGCCAGCCUCCUACACUGCACCUAUCAUGAGUGGACAGGGCCUCGCCGGGACCUUCGCUGCCUUCUCUAUGAUCUGUGCCCUGGCCAGUGGCUCGGCCUUACAGGACAGUGCCUUCGGCUACUUCAUCACAGCGUGCGUGGUCGUCUUCCUGGCCAUCUUGUCCUACUUCGCUCUGCCCAGAAUGGACUUUUUCCAGUACUACCUGGAAAGUAAUGGAUCCAGGCCAGCCGGCAGAAAUGAAGAGAACAAGAUGGAUCUUUUGGAAAAAGACAGCCCAGCACAGAACAGGCCGGAGGUCAGUCUGACAGAGGAGGAAACCAGGUCCAACAUAUCUGUGUUUGCCAUCUUUAAACGGAUCUGGGUAAUGGCCCUUUCUGUGUGCUUCGUGUUCACCAUCACCAUCGGAACAUUCCCUGCAGUCACAGUUGAUGUCAGGUCCACCGUGGCCGAUGGGGGAGCCUGGGAUAAAUACUUCAUCCCUGUGUCGUGUUUCCUGCUCUUCAAUGUGAUGGACUGGGCAGGCAGAAGUCUGACGGCCUUGUGUAUGUGGCCCGGUAAGGACAGCAUCAUCCUGCCCGUCAUGGUGGGUCUCCGUGUGGUCUUCGUGCCUCUCUUCAUGCUGUGUAACGUUCAGCCCAGGAACUACCUGCCCGUGCCGUUCGCCCACGACGCCUGGUACAUCCUCUUCAUGAUCUUCUUCUCCUUCAGCAACGGAUACCUGGCCAGCCUCUGCAUGUGCUUCGGACCAAAGAAAGUGGCACAACAUGAAGCGGAGACAGCCGGCGCCAUCAUGGCGUUCUUCCUGUCUCUGGGUUUGGCUCUGGGAGCAGCCCUGUCCUUCGUCUUCAGAAUCAUUAUCUAGACCCAAAACACCCCUGAACACUUUCUUCUAACCAACCUGCCGUGGAGGAAGUGAUGGGGGUUGGAGGAGGUGGUGAACUUUUCUGUUAAUUGAUUUUUUCUUCUCACACGGGAGCAACGCUAGUACACUCAGAAGCAGCCAGCCUCCGAGAGUCCCCUCCUGCCACUGACUGAUGAUACUCUUUCAUUAUGAAAGAAUGCAAAGUUCAUCUAGUUCAGCUGCCUAUGUUACUGCUCUCAUAUCUUGUUCUAGUUGCCAACAUCUAUAAUGUCUCUCUCAUCCUCCAAGGACCAUGGUGGAAGACAGGAGUUCUCUCCACUCAAGGGAUUAUUUCAGUUUAUUGAUCAAAAUGCCGCUAUGAGCCGUGUAUAUUUAUAUGGAUUGUGAAACUACCUGGAUUCUUAUGUCUUGGUGUGUGUUAUCAUUGAAUUGUAUAGGCAUUCUAAAUCUCAAUGGAGUUUUACCAGCCUACGUCAGUGUGUAAAUGCUCAUUGUGGUAUAGCCUUGCCAUGUAAAAGUAUUUUAUAGUAUUUGAAUAUCUUUACCACAGUGACAUAUGUAGCUAUUAAUUACAUGUUGUGCUAGUGAACGGCGAGGGUAGGAGAGUUUGUAAAACUCACCUCAUUUGUUCUGCCAGUUUGCCAUUUUGUUUUUUUAUUCUCAAAACAUUUUGUAUCAGAUCUAGUUCUGAGUGCUCUAUUUUAAAACCGGAUUGGCACAAGUUACGUUUGCCUGGUUCGUCUCAAUCAGGUUGUUUUUAUGAAUAAAUUUAAAAAAUGCACGUGCCGAGGGCUUUAAAGUACGACAAAAUAUUUGCUGUGCAACCUUUUUAAUUUGGGCGCACCAGUGCAACAAACAUCGUGUGUGUGUGUGUGUGUAUAUAAAAUGAAUAAGGCUUUGCUCUACUGUUGUUUCCCAAGCGCAUAAUCGUUAGCGUCAUGCUUGCACCAUUACUACAGCGAAAAUGGCUUGUUUCUAGCCCAAAACAGUUCGAAAUAUCUUUGGCCCAUAUUACUGGUGGAACAUUUUUUAAAUCUUCCUGUAAAGGACUGGGGGGCUGCAUUUUACAUUCAUAAACCGUUCUAAAACUCUG